AUCUAUGAGCGCACCUUAAGAGCAGCUGAGAGCAGAAGUACAAAAAUGGCUGCUUGGGCGAAGUUUGCUCGCACUUUUCCUAGAAAAUAUUCGACAGCUGCUCCUAAAUUUGGCGGCACUCAUGGUGUUUCAGACCAAACGCAACUGUUGUGGAAGAGGCUCACAUAUUUCGUAGGUCUUCCAGCAAUAGCUCUGGCUAUGGUUAAUUGCUAUUUGAAUCAUCAGGCACAUCAUGAUGAUGAACGUCCAGAAUUUAUCCCAUACGAUCACUUGAGGAUAAGAACCAAGAAAUUCCCAUGGGGAGAUGGUAACCAUAGUCUUUUUCAUAAUCCUAAAAAGAAUCCUUUACCUGAUGGUUAUGAAGAAUAGAGAGUGGUUUAGAUGGUAAUAAUACUUCAC